GUGAAAAGUGUGUCACAGAGUUCCACAGAGUGAAAUUUAUGCUUGUGAAUCCAAUUUAAAUAGAAUUUCUGAUGAAUUGUAGUGUUCCGUUAGCAUACUUCAUUACAAUUUUACGGUGGAAGUAAAAAUACUUUUUCGUACCCAAAACCGAGCCAAAAGGGGAUAAAAAGAGGACGCAUCGUAGCGGAUAGUGAAUGUUAGCCGUGCGAUGCAUGUUGUGGGUGAAACAGCCGUAAGUAGCGUUAUGAAUUCGCAAGAUCAAUCGUUGAAACAACAGCAGGCAGCUGCGUGGAUGGCUGCUGCCCAGGCAGUUCAGCAGCAGUCAGCUGGAUAUUCCGGUGGUUACGGAAUGAACCAACCACAGCAACAGCAGCAGUAUGCUCAAUACUACCAACAGCUGUACCAACAGCUGCAAUACAGUGUGGGAGGUUUGCAGGGAACCCCUGCGGGAGGUGGUGCGUCCGGGUUCGGUGGUGGAAACAACGCCAGCAACGGCAGCGUGGGCAAUACAGCGUCGGGUUUCGUCAGCGGUGGUCCAAUGUCCAAUCUGUCGGAUAAUGGCAACUCCUCCGAUGGAGUGGGUUCUUCAUCCGGCGGCGGAAUGUCGGGCAACACAUUUUUCAGCUCUCAACAGCAGCAGCAGCAGUCCGGAGGUGAUGGAAUGGGUUUUAAGCAGGCACCGAGUCAGUUCGGGCCUAUCCGGUUCAACAUCAACAAGCAUCCGCAGCGUGUGAGUCCGAUGGUGGCUGCAAACCCGCUUGCUGCGGCCAGCCAAAUACACGCCCAGCAGCAGCAACAGCACAUUCAGCAGCAGCAACACCAGCAGAUGAUGGCCGCUUUUCAAAAUCAAAACCAGAACGGAACUGGCGGCAAGAAGAAGCGAAAGAAGAACAAGAACAACAACAAUAUGAACAAUCAGUCGAUGGGAGGUAAUGGGGGUGGUGUCGCUGGUUCAAUUUUUAUGAACGGUGGUAAAGGCGCAGGCUCGACGAAUAUUCCGCCGCUGAUGCCAGCCGGAUCGCUGCCAUCGAACGGCGGGGGUGCAUCUAACGCCGCCAACUUUCCUACACCUCCCCCCGAUCUAAGCAAACCACCGCCGCCCCUUCCGGUCGUCUCGAUGCCCGUGGUAGGAACGGUUGGACAUUCGCUUCCGGCCCCGCAAGCCCCGACCCCUCCGAAUGUGCUUCCCCCACCGAAGAUGACCGAUCAGCAGUUCCACGUUCCCACCGAUGGUUGGCCGCAGGGUUUGAACAACUUCGUAUCACGAUGCUAUGCAAAGUGCAAGACGGACUUCGACAAGGAUCAAAUCGAUAUCUGUCUGAAGGGUCGCAUUACGGCCGCCGCCAACAAAGGUGAACUGUGGACAAAGGACUGGGACAACGAGCCGGUGCCAAGUGUGCAUAGUGAGCGCAACCAGCAAGCACUGCUACCGCCAAAUAUGAACAGCAACAGUUUGGGCGUCAGCCUUGGCCUCGGCAGUAACAUUGGCAAUAAGGGCAAAUCGUUGAGCCAGUACCAGAGUCCACUAGGUAACACCGGUAAAGGAGGCAACCAGCAGUCGCAACAGUUCAACUCCACCGGUAAAAAGGGAACCGCUGGAACCGGACUAUCGCAGUCGCUUGGUACGAGGCUGGGCGUAAAGGCAGGCGGAUCUUCGAGCGGACGCAAAACACGUCUGUCGAGAUCACGUUCGCGUUCGCCAAGUCGUUACAGUAGCAGCGGUAGUCGCAAUCGGCGCAGCCGUUCGUCCAGUGACGAUUCACGAUCCCCACGGCGCAAGAAUCGCCGUUCCUCCAGCAGUAGCGAGGAAGAUGUACGGCCGACGUUCAACAAUAAAUCUUUCAGUAAAGGAGGUAACAAACAGCAGCAACAGCAGCAGAAAAAUAAUAAAAAUCAGAAGCAGAAUGGUAAAAACCAACAAAACCAACGUAACAACAAAGGGUUCUACUCCGAGCACGGUCAGGUUGGCGGUGCGGUCGAGGGCGACCUGGAGCAGCUGAAGAAGCGCGCGGCCCGUUUUAACAAUCAGGGUGGUAAGAAGGUGGCCGCCUCACCGCCUGUCGUCGCCUCGAACAUCAUUUCACCCUUCGGCCGGAAGGCUGAUCGCAGGUUGACCAUGCCAACGGCAUCGAGAAUCUACAUCGAUGACGCAGCCGACCGGAGGGACGAUGACGACGACGACGAGGUGGAUCUGUUCGAUUUGCACAUCGUCGGUACGUGUCGCGAUCUUGAGAAAAGCUUUUUGCGCCUAACGAAAGCCCCUGCCCCGUGUGAGGUGCGACCGGUCGAGGUGCUGCGCCACUCGCUGCAGAACGUGAAGAAGAAGUGGGUCGAUAAGCAGGACUAUUUCUACGCCUGCGACCAAUUGAAGUCCAUUCGGCAGGAUUUGACGGUACAAGGUAUUCGAGAUGCUUUCACUGUACAGGUAUACGAAACCCAUGCCCGCAUAGCAAUGGAAAAGGGAGAUCACGAAGAGUUCAACCAGUGCCAAACGCAGCUCAAAAUGUUGUACGCCGAUGUGGGUGGCGAAAAUCAUCUCGAGUUUACCGCGUACCGCGUCCUGUACUACAUUUUCACCAAAAACACCUCAGAUUUGACCACUAUACUCAGGUCGCUAACGGCAGCGGACAAGGAAAGCGAUAUCGUUCGAUUCGCGCUCCGGCUCCGAUCUGCCUGGGCGUUAAGCAAUUAUAGCACUUUCUUCAAGCUCUAUCGGGAAGCGCCGUUGAUGGCGGGUUAUUUGAUCGAUUGGUUCAUCGAGCGUGAACGCAAAUUAGCUCUCAAAUCCAUUAUCAAAGCUUAUCGGCCCAACCUUGCUGUGGAAAUGGUCGCACAAACGUUGGCAUUCAGCAGCGAGGAGAAAUGUAGCGAGUGGUUAGCGUCGUUAGAAAUAAGCAUGCUCUUCGUACCGGCCACCGCUACCAAAGCAUCUUCGCCGCCGGCCUCGACAACGCCGACGACUGCUGGUGGUGUCACUGGGAAUGCUGCUGCUGCUGCUCCUGUCGCGGAUACUAAAAGUGCAAACAAAAAAGUGAUAGAUUGCAAGCAGAGCAUGAACGCGCUAAUCAACUUCUAGUAAUGCUCUUUGCUUGAGAAUGAACUGAGGAAAUAAGGAUGAUACGGUGGUCCAAGUAGUCCGCUGCUGCAAGAUGAACUUGGUUGGCCAUGACGUUCGUUCGCCUGAUGGUAGUUUACGUCAUGAUGGUGUAGCUUCUACUUUGGUUCAAAAUUUCUUGGCCUAUCAAGAUGCUACUUCGGUCCCGUCCUCAAUCGUAGAUCUCUUGCGCUUGAUGCAAUCCUCGAUCGCACAAGAGAUGAUCCAUCCACCUAACACACGACCACCACCCCCUGCUGCGUCUUCACCAUGAGCAAAAUCGUUAUCUUAAUCAUUCGCCUUGCGUCUCGGUUUGCCAUUUGGUGAAGAAAAAAAAGAGCGUUGGCCAUCAAAGGAAGCCGAUAAAGGAGGAAUGAAAGGAGAGAAAUUUGUUUUAAAAUUUUUCUCCUUUCGAUGAUUCAUUACAUCCGACACCUUGGCGCUAGUGGCAUAGUGAUAACAUCGCAGAAAAGGCGACUAUCGGUGCGGUAUGCUUCUGUUCGUCCGUGUGGUGUGUGUCUGUGUGUGUAUGUUUGCGUGAAGAGCAAAGUGAAUUAGCGAUCAAAAUCAAAGACGUAACUUCCUAUGUUCAGGUAGCUUUUGCACACCCGAUGGCGCUCCGAUGAAAUUAGACCAGACCUACUCCACUACAUUCUUCAAUCGAAAGCCGGAGGUGGCCAUUACCUUCUUUGAUGAAGCAAUGCUGGUGCUGAAUCAUACCUCUGUUUUGUCCGCUGCUGACUUUCUGUUGCAACAGAAGCUCCAACGUGUAGAUCUUGAAAAAAUAAGAUCACCUCCAUCUUCCUGAGCAAAGCACUGAAACGAAUAACUGCAAAUGUACACAUGAAAAUUACGAUGCCAUCACAAACAAACCGAUCUGCAGACUCUCAGACUGCAUUACACAUUCCAUCUUCAAAUGAUCGUUCAUGAAAACCGAAGCUCUUGAAGCGGAUACAUGAGCCCUCACCACCGUAAGGAAGAAGUCGAUAAGCGAAGGACAUGAACCCAAUUACAAGUGUUUAAUUAGUGUAUAGUGCGUGAUUUUUAAAGUGUUUAUAGAAAACAUUUUCCGUUUUAUUGUAAUUAAGUUAUCUGCGCACACUCUGUCGAAGUGACAACCAAUCAAAUAACAAUCGUAUCGAAUGGACGAAGCCGCAGAAUCAACUAGCAAUCGCGAAGAGAAGGGUUGUCUUGAAGUUGCUGUGUGUGGUUAAGGACAUGCUGUGUGCGACCGAAUAUGAUCACUCUUGCGCAAAGGACGAAUUGUGUUAAUGUGUGAUCAGAGCAGGAAUAGCUCAUAACGAGCGUUUUUCGUUCCACCGCCACUUCAAUGCUUCCAUCAGCGGUCGAUGCGAAAUCAAUAAUGGGGCCGUACCAUUAUUACUACCGCAUCGAGAAACGGACGCCAAAAGAGCAAAGGGGCGCGGGGACAACAGAGGGGAAGUUUUUUUUUCCUACAUCCAUAAACAUCCAUCCUGGGCAUCCUUGCAACCCUGAAACGAUACUCCUUUCCGGCAACUCUUAAAAUGAUCCCGUCUUUGUCUCAAGCAAUUGGGACAAUCCUUCCCCAAGACAAAUCCUAUCCCCAACUACUACUUCGCUGCUGUUUUAACUGUGAUAUAUGGUAUGCUGAAGAGAUUGACUGGCCGAUGAUGGUUGGGUGACCUGAUGAAUAAUGUAGGAACAGGUUUCUCGAUGGGAGAAAAGCCUGUUUGCAUUACUCUGCUAAAUCGACCGUCUUCGCAUAUACCUCAUCAAUCGUCAGUUGGAACCGUUUGUCGAAGGGCGACCCCAUGACGUUCAGUGUUUGGAUAUUGGACAGAAACGAUGCAGUAAUUGCUUCUUGCAGAAUGGAGAGUGGUCGUCAAGCAUCACCUAGACAUCAUUUUACAAUGGAUAAUAUGGAUUAUCAACGAUUUGUACAAAUGCGUUGAGUUGUUACAUUUUUGUAUAUUUAAUUAUCGCUAGAAUAGAUAGAUCGAGUCUUUCUGCCGGAACCGUAAGUCAAUGCGAAACCAGCCUUCUGAAUGCACUGGCCUGGCGUACAAUAUAACCAGAGAGUUCAGUCUUUUACACCUCCAAAACAAGGAUGUAAGAGAUGUCUUCGGAGCAAGCUCGACAUUGUUUUCUGUAUGAAUAAGAAAUUAAAUAAAUAUCAUCUUUAGUUUAA